AUGCAAGCUCGCCUGGCCAGCCUCAUCUCUGGCGCCGUCAGCGGCCUGAUCAGCGGCGUCAGCGGCCUUGUCAGCGGCAACGCCAACGACCAGAACUUCCGCAACGGCUGGACGCAACAAAACAUCGGAACAGUGACCGCCGCCAACCCAAAGAAGAAUGUCAUCAUCGUCUUUCCGCCUCACGACCAGAACCUCCAAGGUUCCAAAUAUCAGCAACUCGUCAGCAAAACACCCACACAGACUCUCAGCUACGACUGCUACAUCUUCGAUUCUGGGGAUUUCACGCUCAAGGGGAACGGGGGCUAUUUGAAUUGGGCGUUUGCGGGGAACUUCACGAGGAAUGGGAAUAAGCUUACUUUCAAGCCAUGUACAUGA